AUGGCUCCUCCCGACUUAAAAGUAAAGGCCGGGAAGAAUCCCAAGGCCACUGAUGAAAAGUUUCUGUUGACCCUUCUGGAAAAUGUGAAGGUCGAUCACGAGACUGCCGCUAAGACUCUCGGGAUAACCAAGGCAGCAUGUCGAAUGCGUUUUAUCCGGCUUCAACAGAAGCACCGGUUUAAGACCAAGGGCAAGGGAACCCCACGCCAGUAA